CCAUUAUUUCCUUAUGCCUAAGUACUGGCCUCAAUUUAUUGUUUCGUUACAGAAUUAUUGGCGAUAUCGUUUAUUCAAUAGAAAUCGUCGUUUGUUUCCGUUGCCAUCUUCCCGAACACAAGCUGAUAUGAUGUCACACGAUUUUAUCCGACAACUUCAAGCCAAUCACGAAGUAUUGGCAUCAAAAAUUGCUCAAAUCGAAUCAACAUUGCAGUUUAAAAAUAAAAAUUCAUCUUCAGCUACAAAUCAAAAGGAUAUUGAAGUCGAAAGACAAAAAUUGAUAUCUGAGAAUCAAAACCUCCGUAAUGAAAUUCAACGUAUUACAAAACGAUUAACAGAUUUGGAAAUUCAAAUCCAAGGCCAAGAUUUAUCGAAAAAAGUUGUCAACGAAUCAUCGGAUCAAAUAUCAAACUCUUCAUCAACGCAACCACAAACACAACCAGCGGCCAAAGUAAUUGCCGUUGAAGCCGAACAAAAGACUGAAAAACAGAAAAAAACUGAGGCAAAACAAGCCAAAUCUGAUACUAAUAAACCUAAAGGUAGCAAAGGAGGUAAAGCGGGCAAUACUGUCGAACCGGAAUCUGAAAGGCCCAUUGAUGCUAGUCGUUUGGAUUUACGUGUUGGAAAAAUAAUCGAUGUUAAAAAACAUCCGGAUGCUGAUUCACUUUAUGUUGAACAAAUUGAUUGUGGUGAAGACAAACCAAGAACUGUUGUGUCAGGUUUGGUUAAAUUUGUUCCUUUAGAAGAAAUGCAAGAUCGUAUGGUUGUCGUCCUUUGUAAUUUGAAACCGGCCAAAAUGCGUGGCAUUGUUUCCGAAGCUAUGGUCAUGUGUGCAUCAACGCCCGAAAAAGUUGAGAUAUUGUCACCACCGGCAGGAUCAAUUCCUGGUGAUCGUGUAACGUUUGCUAAAUUUCCCGGUCAACCUGAUCAACAAUUGAAUCCAAAGAAAAAAAUCUGGGAACAGAUUGCUCCCGAUCUAACAACCAAUGAUAAUUUGGAAGCCACAUACAAAGGCGAUACGUUUAUUGUUGCGGAAAAAGGCAAAUCAGGUGGAACUUCAGCGUCGACAAUUGAUAUUGAUCCAAAAACAGCGGCAGUAUUCAAGCGUAAAAAUUAUCACAUCUUAAAUCGUCUUGGAGCUGGAGCAUUCGGAACUGUUUAUAAAGCUGAACGAAUCAAUCAGCCAAGUGAAUUGACAGCGGUAAAAGUUUUAGAACUAACUCAAAUGUCUGCCAAUUAUCGGGCAAAAUUUUUGCCACGUGAACUUCAAGCAUUGAUCGAAACGAAACAUGAAAACAUAGUCGAUGUUUUUGACAUAAUACGAGCAAAUCAACGGAUCUAUAUUUUUAUGGAAUUUAUGGGAGGUGGUGAUAUUGCAGGUUAUGUACGAAAAAACAAUGGUAUUUCAAUGAAAUUGGCUUGUAUAUGGUUUUUACAGAUAACCAAUGGCCUGCAACAUCUUCAUGAGCAAUUAUUAAUGUGUCAUCGAGAUAUUAAAUUAGACAAUAUGCUAUUGAAUGAUCAAAACAUUGCAAAAUUAUCAGAUUUUGGAUUCGCAAGACAAUCAUUUGAUUCUAAUACUAAUAGGGUUUUAAUGUCAACAACAUUUUGCGGUACAUUGCCUUAUUAUUGUCCUCAAUUGUUACAAAAAGUUCCCUAUGAUCCAUUUAAAGCCGAUGUCUGGGCUAUGGGUGUUUCGUUUUUCAUAAUGCUUGAGAAUCGUUUUCCAUUCCAUUUCAAGGAUAAGCCAUUGAUGUUACAGGAAAUGACCGAUUAUCCAAAAUUCAUUCGAUCCAGAUUCAGCGGGAAUACGCCAAAUGAAGCGAGACGAUUAUUGGAAAUGAUGAUGAAUCCGAAUGAAAAGGAACGUUUAAGUGUAGGCGACGUACAGCAUAAUCGAUGGCUACAUCGAACAGGAUCAACACAAUCUUUUCGAUAUCAAAUUUCCAAAAUGGACAAAGUGAUCCCGAAAGUUCAUGCUGAAGAAGAAGAAGAGGAAGAAUUAGUCGACCCGAUGACUGUAUUACGUGAACAAUGUACGACCGAACAUUGUCAAUCAUUGAAGGAUAAAUAUGAAGCUUGUAAUGAUCGUGUCAAUUCAAGAUCGGCAACUACCGAAAGUUGUUUCGAAGAAAUUGUCGAUUUCCUUCAUUGUGUUGACCAUUGCGUGGCACCGAAAUUGUUUUCCAAACUUGUAUAGCGAUUAUGAAUAAUUUGGAAUGUAAAAUCCUGG